GCAGGCGGGAACCAAAGCACCUUUGUACAUCAGACGACAAAGUAUUGGGUGCAUCCAGAUAACCUGGUUCCACUAAAACUGGCCAUUUUACGACAUCUACCCGUUCUCGUCUUCAAUGCCAAAAAGGAAUUCGAACAGAAGGAUGCUGCCAUUACUUUGACAUACUUUGACAAUGAAGAUCUUGAACUUCACCUUGGUCGACUGGAGAAGACAGAGGGUGCUGAAGCUAUCCAUCUCCGGUGGUAUGGUGAUACAGAUGUGAAAAUGAUUUUCAUGGAGUGUCAGACCCACAGGGAAGACUGGACAGGUAAAAAGUCUGUCAAGGCACGUUUUCCGAUCAAAGAAAAUCUCAUGAACACUUUUCUGCGUGGAGAAUAUACCAUGGACACGGAGCUCCAGGCUCUAGUUGAGAAAGGCAAGAAGACACAAGCCGAAGUCAAUUCCAUGAUUCAGCUUGCAAGCGAAGUUCAGUAUCGUGUUCUUACGAAGCAGCUCCAA